AUGGCCACGGACUACGGGGUUGGGCUGGUGCCACACCUCCCUCGAUGGGCGCUUCCUAUCCACGAGGUGGUUGGGUUCGACAUGGCGGCGGCCUACCGCUUAUGGUUCCCUUUCCUUCUAGUUGAUAGAGUGAUCGAUUACGAACCAGGCAAAUAUGCAGUUGCGAUCAAGAAUGUGACAAUAAAUGAUAACUUCUUCCCAGGACAUUUCCCUGACCGACCCAUACUGCCUGGUGUUCUCAUGGUUGAGGCAAUGGCUCAGGUUGGAGGUAUGGUGGUGUUGCAACCUGAAGUAGGUGGAUCUAGAGAGAAUUUCUUUUUUGCGGGGAUUGAUAAAAUGAGGUCCCGGAAGCCUGUAAUUGCUGGAGACACCUUGAUUAUGAGAAUGACUCUGAUCAAGUUGAAGAAGAGGUUUGGAAUUGCAAAGAUGAAAGGAAAAGCUUAUGUUGGUGCCGACCUAGUAUGCGAAGGGGAGUUCUUGAUGGCUACUGGAUCAGAGUAA